AUGUCCCCGUCGCAGCAGGGCUAUGCAGCCGAGAGUCUAGAACCGGACCUGGAGUCCCGCAGUGACCAAACUGGCGAACCUGCACUCGAAGAGUCGGAGGAAGCUGGCCGGAACAAGUAUUUGCAGAAGGCCGGCUCGAAAGAUUCGCAGUUCAUGCACCCGGAUGACAGCCACUCGGCAGUGCGGAGAAUGUUCUACAUCUUCUUCUCCCUGGCUGUGGUGAUGGCGCUGGCACUGGGGUUCACUGCGGAAACCUUCUUCUUCAUCAUGGCAGCCCCCAGGGAUGGCGGACUGAGCGUCGGAAUCGUGGGCGGAAUCUUGCUUACGCCAAUUUCCUUGCUGCUGACGGCGAUCUAUGUGGAUGAGUGCAUCGACAUGGGUCUGGAUGCCGCGGACAAGCCUUCCUUUGGGCUCUUUCGAGCAGCGGUCACUGCGUCGCUCCGUGGCAUUGGACAGGUCCACACAGAUCGUGUGGAGCGUCUCUUGGUGCUGACUCUCGAGCUGGUGCCUAUUACUGUCGCCAUCGUCGAAUUCGCAACGAGCACCCACAAGGUUUACUGGUACAAGGACGUUGGACGUGGAUACUGCCUGGGGGGCUUGAUAUGGGCACUGUGCAUCUGCUUUAGCUACAUCAUUUGCCACAUCCAUGUCGGACAUGUCCCAUGGAGAGAUGCGCUGAUGUCUGAGCUUUAUCACAACAUGGGCCCCAUAGGGCGCUUCAAGCGUGCCCAUGGCACUGAUUCUCACUCCAUGCUUUUCGACAAGCCCAACCACUGGGGUCGAGCAUGUUGCUAUGCUUGUCUGGGUCUCUGCAUCGAGAUCGGGGUGGUGUUACUCUUUCUUUUCUUUCACAGACUUUAUGCAAUUUGUAUAGGUGAGCUCUUUGCAUUAUUGCUUUGGGCGAUGGCCCUUCGAAGCUACGCACCUCGUCUGCUGGGGAAGGCUUUCUGGUUCACGCUGAUCUUCUUCAUAGCCCUAACAUCGAGCCUCCUGGUGGGAACCGUGCAAUCUGCCGUGCCGAACCCCAGCCGUUUGGAGCCGCUUGUGUGGGGACCGGUGUCUGCUGGCUUCAACCACACCCUGGACACUGGCUUGCCGUUGAGCUUCGAGACUUCAGACUUGUCACCAAGUCCAAGAUAUCCCAUCUGCCGAACGAGCUGGGGUGCCGACAAGCAGGGUUUGAAUAUCCUGGAUCUCUCCAUCCUGGCCUUUGCAAGCUCCUUUGGCUUCGAGGACGACGUGCGGGAGGGUCUGGGCGAGAUGUUGAAUGGCACCUUUCCCGAUUGGGAGCUUUUAGAGGUAGAGCACUGGAGCACUACCGGAAGAUGGAUCGUUGUUGCGAUUCCAUCUAGAAAUGUUCGUAUCAUCUCAGUGAGGGGGACCUCCAGCCUGCGCGAUGCCUAUGCAAAUUUGCAGAUCUAUUCUUCAAUUGUGGUGCUGCAGUUCAUGGGCAUUCUGACACCCGUCUUGAGCCUGAUGCCACAGGGAGUAAUUCAGAGAGUCGCGAGCGGCGGCAUCAGCAAGAGCCUUCGAAAGAGUUUCAGGGUGGACGCGGGGCUCUCGGCGGCAGCGCAUCGGCACAAGGAAGAGGCCCGAAAGGCCGGUCAGGUCCUGAUCAUGACCGGCCACAGCCUAGGAGGCGCCUUGGUUGGUGCCGUGUCCACGGAAGUGAACGUCCAGGGAGUCGGCUUCUCGCCUCCGGGCCUUCUCUUCCAGAAGUAUCAGUGGGACCUCGACGUCUCAAGGCUCACGAGGGCCUUCACGGUGAUCCAACCCACUAACGACGUGGUCCCCCAGGUCGAUCAGCAGCGCGGACUCAUCGAAUGGCUCCCGUGCAAGGAGAAUGCGCUGACCUGCCACCGGCUGACGCACACUGCAUGUCUCUUGUGGGCUCAGUGCGGCGAUUCGCGGGCCAGAGACUGGCGGGCCACGUGCUCAAAGUGGUUUGGCAUUGAGGACCUGAACAUGCCCCAGCCCAGCGAAGAUUCGCUGUAG